AUGCCACAAGCGAAUGACCUCCAAGCAAAUCUCAUCUGCAAUGGGACACCUCUAGCUGAGUAUCCCGUUCCUUCGGCAGCACCAAACACUGUCUUCUGCGAAUCCACACCGGGCCAGACGUUCCAUGUCAAGCUCUCGGGAUCAAGGGCUCUUUUUGAUCGCGUAGUAUAUCUAUACUGUGACGGUGUCUUGAUGGAUAGCUAUGCCAUCCAUCGUCAUCAACUUCCAGCAAUAACCUUUCAUGGUAUUUAUUUACAAAACGAUUUCACUAAAAUAAUGCCAUUCAAGUUUUCGAAAAUCGAGCUUUGCGAAGAAGAUAAUAGUCAUCCAGAGGAUAUCAUUAAAAACUUAGGAACUGUAUCUCUAGAAUUAGUUCAUUGUACCUUGGGUCAUACUCUACCAUGUUAUCAGUCCUUUGUUCCUUCCAUCGCAUCAAAAGAUAAAUUUUCUGAAAGAAACAAAAAAGCCAGUAUGAUUCCACAUACCGUCGGCCUUGGGGAGUCGACUUUCGCACCUGUACCGCGAGCGACAAGCUCAGUCCAUCUUGUGCAAAGGGAUCCCAUGCCCUAUCAGCGAUUUGUUUGGCAGUAUAGGUCUCGAAACAUGUUGAUCACCGCGGGUGUCAUUCCUCGGCCCGUGACCCUACUACCAGAUAUUCGCUUACCAACUCCUUCAUCCACGCGCCAAAAUAACGUACCCGGAGCACGUAGUCUCAGUGGAAGUGGUCAUAUGACACCUGGGCCUUUAUCCAACAGAACUAACCGGGAAUCAAAGCCUGACACCAAGCCCAAGACAAACGGUCACAAAGUAGUGGUGAUCGAUCUGUGUGAUGACGAGGAUCGACCAAUUGUAAAAUCAAUCGUUAUCCAUUCCAGUCCCAAGAAGACUAUUUGCCUUGAUGACGAUGAGGACGAUCAAAUAAUUCAGCCAUCCAAUAACGCCCAAGCUAGUGGUAGUUCAGCUCAGCAAGUUGACAUCAAACCUGUGAAGAAUGAGUUGAACAGUCAAAACAUCACAGCACCUGAUGGACCUCAAACAAAACGAGCCCAGGAUGAGAGGGAAGUUGAAGGACAUGAUCGAAAGCGUGUGAAGGCUGAAAUGACAUCUAUCUCUCUGAAUGUUUGA